UCCAACGACAUCGCACGGUCCGCGCACUCAACUUUUCUCUUUAUCUCGUCACUUCUCCUGGUCGACAGACUGGACGCACAGCCUCACUCUCCGGGAAUGGGAUCUCUACUGGGUUCAAAGAAAAACUAUCAGUUCUUUCGAGUGUACGCGCUUCAAAAGCUCCUUUUCAAACUGCAGGGAUAGUUGUCGGUCCAGGUGCAGGGUGACGACACCACUAGUGGAUGAUCUCCGAGACGCACCGGACCUUGUUUGACUGACAGGGGCUCUCAGGCGGUAGCAGGUAGUCCAAAGUCGACUCUGCUCACUUUUAUCUUUCGUACAUUUUCGCAAUUUAACGCCAAUUGAGGCGUGCGUAAAACACUUGUGCGCAAAAUUGGAGUCGUUGCGCACAGUUCCAAGUUAGUUGUGGGAGGCCACUAAUGAAAGUGUGUUAACUUUAAAAUCUGCGAAAUUUGUUUGCAUCUUUACGACCAUGGCAAAGUGGUUCAGGGAUUUCCCCAUCAACCUGAAGAACGGGAACGAACGAGUUCGCUCAGCCUCUGAAUCCGGUCCACAAACUCGACCCAAAUCUUCGUUUUCUCGUGACAGUUUGAAAGGAAACUCGCGUAAAGAUGGGGGAAUGGGGGGGUUACUGACAGGGAGGAAUAGGAAAAAUUCAGCUACAGAAUUGGGUCGUAGCAGCGCUAUAACCGGUGGCACAGUCUGGGAUACUCUCUCACCUGGAAAAGGUCGCAAAAACGCCAAGAACGAAAGUGGGACAUCUGAGGAGAACCGCCAGGUGAAGAUGCCCAGCCUGGCGCAGGCGUACAUCAGUAGGAUGAUCAAAGUGGACAAACAAGACAAGACACCCAAGCUCAACGGCAUAACCGAACAGAAGACGCCUGAGAACGAGAAAGGGAGGUCAGACAUUAAAACAACGCUGAUUAUCCUUGAGGACUAUGCCGAUCCGUUUGAUGCUGAGAAAACCAAGGAGCAGAGAGACGCAGAGAGAACAGGAGUCAAUGAUGGGUACAUGGAGCCCUAUGACGCUCAGGUCAUCAUCACAGAGGUCCGCAGACGCGGCUCCAAAGACCUCCUGAAGGUGUGUGUCCUGCUGGACCGCGGCCAGGCUGAGGGGAAGGAAGAAGAGAGCAAACCCUCGCCCCCAAACAUCUACGAUGUUCCAUACGAGGGCGGACUGGAAGGCGACGGCGACGGCGUGUGGAUCCCUGUCACGCGGCCAGAGUCGGACGUCCGCCCGGCUGGAGAGUACGAACUGCCCUGGGAGUGGAGAAAGGAGGACAUCGUCCGAGCGUUGUCAGCUCAGUUUGAGGCGGUGGACUGUAAAGAGAACGGUUCAACCUCUGGUCGGCAGCAGCCGCAUCCGCAGCAGCAGCAGCAUCAUCAUCAGCAGCAGCAGCAGCAGCAGCAGCAGCAGCAGCAUCUCGCCCCCAGGCAGAAGACCUGGAGCCACAAAACGCUGGUCUCCUCCUCCCCGACCUCGUCCUCCUCCGCCUCCUUUCCCUCCUCUCCCAUUCUCAAGCUGUCCCCCCUCACACCGCCAGCUCCCUCCUUCCCCACCCUGAAACUCUCCCCCCUCUCCCCGUCCUCCGGCCCCAACAAGCAUUCCCCCUCGUCGCCCACGUCGGAUGUGGAGGCGGCUCGAGUGGACCCCAGUCUGCCCCUGGAGAAACAGAGCUGGUACCAUGGCAGCGUGAGCCGACAGCAGGCUGAGGCUCAGCUGCAGCGCUGCAGGGAAGCCAGCUUCUUGGUGAGAGACAGCGAAUCAGGAACCAGCAAGUACUCCAUCGCUCUGAAGACCAGCCAGAGUUGCGUGCACAUAAUUGUGGCGCAGACUAAAAGCAUUAAGGGCGUGGGCUACACGCUGGAUCAGAGCAGCUGUGUGUUCGCCAGUAUCCCGGAGCUGGUCCACCACUACUGCACACACAGACUGCCUUUUACUGGAGCGGAGCACAUGACCCUGCAGCAUCCUGUCCCCAGGUCUCACUGAAUAUGCUGAGAAGAUGAACGCACAUACACAAAUACAUGACUAAGACAUGUAUAGACACAUUAUUGUGCAAAUUACAUAUAAUCUUGUUAGUACAAGUGUGCAGACACACGCAUACGUUUUGGAAAACGUGCUGCUCUGGAUAACCCUGUACACAGUAGUGUUCAGCUCGUCCAUGCGCACCCUAGUGGCCAUAAUCAGACACUACAACCACUGAUCUCAUUGUUUUAGUUCUAACAAUAAAAUCCACAAAAACAAACAAACCCAGCAAACACACGCUCGUUUUCACCAUAACCUGGUGGCUUUUGCUGCAUUGUUUCAUUCACUGACUCUUCAAGCCUGCAGUUUUACCUGCAACAGCGCACACAAAGGAGGUCGCUCCUCAAGCGAUGGCCUUACACAGAGGUGCUGACAUCAUAAAUCACCACCAUGCCACUCAGCCAGGUCUGGGUCUGUAUGAUCAAUGCACCUGAUUGGAGCAUAUCCAGUCAUCCAUCUGACAUGCCGAUCAGCCCCAUUGAUCCAUCUUGAAAAUCAGGCUAAUUUGACAACCUCUCCAUCCGUCAAGAGAAAGCGUGGCAUCGAUCAGAGCUGUUUUAGUGAGAUAAAGAUCUUGUAAUGCUACUGUAGCCAUUCGGCAAUGUUGAGUGUAAGUAUGCAAAAUGAAUAUGUGAACACUGGUUCAUUUACGUAUCUUCGCUGUUAUAUAAUGGUGGAGCCCUUACUGUAUGUAGAGCAGCUGUCUUACUUUAUGGGAAUCAUCUGACUUUAAAACGUAGCUCAGCAUAAAUGUCAUGUAUGAAGUGAUUGUUUUUAAAUCAACCGCAACGCGAUGUGAGCUGUAUAUUAUUAUUGUUUCUAAAUUACUCAGUAAAUAAAGUAACAUUUGUAUUAACUGAAA